UCAGCCAGCGGCCGCGCGGGAGCCGAGUCCCUCCGGCGGGGAAGGAGCGGGGCGCUCGCGGCGGCGGAGCGGCCGGCGCCCGCGGGGAGCCGCACUCCCGGACUCCCCGCAGCCCAGCAGGGGAGGAAAAGUCCUUGGUAAUUUAUUUUUUUAAAAAAGGCAACUGCUACAAAGGAUUCAUGAUGAUCCCUUAAAUUCAGAGGCUAGCUGAAAACCAGUGCUAAUAAGCUCACAGCUUUUGUGCUACAUAUACAGGAUGACCCAGAUUUGAUUAUGCAAGCAAGACAACAUUAAAUAAUAAGGAAUGAUCUUACCAUGCACUGAACUAUCUUUGAACAUCAGGUGCUCAGGCCUCAGAAAAUGUCUGCUUGCAAUGCCUUCACUGAACAUGUGUGGAAACCUGGUGAAUGUAAAAAUUGCUUCAAGCCAAAAAACUUACAUCAGCUGCCUUCAGGCCCUGAAAAACCUCCAGUCUCAAAUUCCAAUAUAAAAACCAAUGCAGUUCACAGCAACCAACGUGCUAAGAAUACAGGAAAUUUUCGGCCACCUGUGGCAAAGAAACCCACCAUCGCUGUGAAACCCACCAUGAUGACAAUAGAUGGACAGGGUAUAUGUGGUGAAAUCACCUCAAAGGAUCUUUGUGAGAACAAACCAGCUAUUGUAGGUUGGAACCAAAAUAGAACUAUCUUGAAGAAAAAGCCACUGAAUAAUAAUAAUAAUAAUAAUGAAGAGGAAGAAGAAGAAGUUGAAAGCUAUAACCAUAUUCAUAGGUCUUUUGGAAAUAAUGAUGAUACAGGUAAAGCUCCAAGCAACAACAAUGGACUAACUGAAGUAUUGAAGGAAAUUGCUGGCUUAGAUCAUUCAGCUUUUCUAACAGGAACUGAAAUGAAUUCAAGGGAAGCAUUCUUGGGACGAAUAAACAAUUGUUACAAAAAGUCAUUAGAAAGAAAGAUCCCUCCGAGUUGCCUGAUGGGUGGAACAAAGUCACAAAACAAGCAUGUUGUAUUGAGUGGAACCACUGCUGUAAUAAGCAAUGAAGGUGGCCGUUUCUGUUACCCUGAAUUCUCCAGUGGAGAUGAAAGUGAGGAUGACCUGUUUUUUGGCAGCAUCCAUGAGGAUCACGAGAGCUGGGAUGAAAGUGAUGAAGAGCUGCUAGCCAUGGAAAUUCGCAUGAGGGGACAGCCGCGUUUUGCUAACUUUAGGGCCAAUACGCUGUCGCCUGUUCGGUUUUGUGUUGACAAGAAAUGGAAUACAGUGCCUUUAAGGCAUAAAUCUCUUCAGAGAUUUUGUGCAGUGGACUAUGACGACAGCUAUGAUGAAAUUUUGAAUGGUUAUGGAGAUGACCCUGUAAUCCUUUUUGGACAGGAAAGCAUGCAAAGCAUGGUUUCAUCUGAUUCAAUGUCUCCUGAUUCUUCUCUGACUGAAGACUCUCAUCCUGGAACAGCCAGCAGUUCUUCACAGAGGCUUUGCAAUGGUAGAACCUCCCCUAACAGUCCUAAAGGUACCAGAUCAGUGGAAGAAGGUGAUAAAGGGUUUUGCGAUGAUCAACAAGUAAAAGUUGCAAUUAAAAACACUCAAAAUGCUACCAAAGCUGUGGAGACUCACAAAGCUGUGCUUGCCAUUAGGCUAGAAGAAAAAGACAGCAAGACUGCUGCCCCAAGUGAUAAGCAAGAAUGGAAAAGUCCUUUAAAUAUGCCAGUUCAGACAACUACAAAUUUGAUCCCCAUGGAAGAACAAGCAAAGCCUUAUAGAGUAGUAAAUAUGGAACAACCAGUGUGCAAACCUUAUACGAUAGUGGAUGUAUCGGCAGCCAUGACACAUGGAAGUAUAGAGAAUCAGGCAAAAAACCUGGAUACCAGAAGUAUUCCGUCUAACCCAAAUUUACCAGAUGCCCUGAGUGCAAAUUUUAUGUCUCAUUCUGUAUCAUGUGGGCAAGUAACUCCUAAUCUUAAAAAAUCCAACACUGCCAGAUACCAGGAAGUUUGGACUUCCAGUACAAGUCCACGACAAAAAAUCCCUAAAGUGGAAUUACCUGCAAAGGUUCCAGGGCCUUCUGUUCCUGUAAGAAGAAAUAUCCAUAAAUCUGCUCCCGCUUCACCUUCAUCAACCAGCAUUUCUACAAAAACAAUCCCCGUCAAGUCCCCUAACUUGUCUGAAAUAAAGUUCAAUAGCUAUAACAAUGCUGGCAUGCCACCCUUCCCAAUUAUUAUUCAUGAUGAGCCAACUUAUGCUAGGUGUUCCAAGAAUGCCAUCAAAGUUCCUAUUGUAAUAAAUCCAAAUGCAUAUGACAACUUGGCCAUCUAUAAAAGUUUUUUAGGAACUAAUGGAGAUCUCUCUGUUAAAGAUAAAACCACUAGUGUCAUCAGCCACACAUACGAAGAAAUAGAAACAGAAAGCACAUUAUCGGAAAGUACACCUAACAGACCUGCAGAAAUAUCCCAAGUGAAAGGUUUAGGUAACAGCACUGAGAGAAGACUGGGUUCUGUGGCUCAGAAGGUUCAGGAAUUCAACAGCUGUCUUGGGAAAAGCCAGAUUUCACCCAAAAGUUCUUGCCGUGGCUCCCCAACAAAAAUACAAAGAACUUUUCAGGAUUCUAUAGCUAAAGUAGAAGAUAUGCAGGAAAUAUCUAAUGACAGUCAAGAGAAUGCCUGUGCAGUACUAUCACAGAUUGUAGCAUCAAUCCAGCCCCCACAGUCUCCCCCUGAAGCACCUCAGACUGGCCCUAAGUCUUGCAGUGCGGAAGAACUCUAUUCCCUGCCUCCUGAUGCAGACCCAGAUAAAAGCAUCCCAGUGCGACCGAAAUCACUUUUUUCAACGCAGUCCAAUCCUAAUGCUGAGGGAAUCAAAUCCACAGAACUUGUGUCAAAGGAAAUCCCAUCAAAAUCGCCAGUCAUGCAGCCUUCAAAACCAGUGACAACUUCUCAGAGUCCUAAAACUGAGCAGCCUCCCCCUUUCCCACCUCCCCGUUCCACAUCUUCACCUUAUCAUGCCAGCAAAGUGUUGCAAAAACAUUUCGGCAAUUGGAGCAAACCAAUGAGCCCUGUUAGAUCGACGGAGGCCGAAUCAGUUUUGCGUUCAGAAGGUAGGCGAGUUGUUGAUGCAAAGCCAAAGCGGUGGAUAUCAUUUAAGAGCUUCUUUCGUCGCAGAAAGACUGAAGAAGAGGAGGACCGAGAAAGAGAGAGAGGGAAACUUGUGGGUCUCGAUGGGACUGUAAUUCACAUGCUUCCACCGCCUCCUGUUCAACGUCACAAUUGGUUCAGUGAAUCAAGAACAGAUUCCAGUGAGAAACCCUCUGUUGUUUUUAUGUUUAAAUGUGAUCAGGCAAAGCUGGAGACAAAAACUGAUCAAAACAAAACUGAAGUGGAACCAGCCAUUGAAGUUAUGACAACAGAGGGCGGGGAGAGAGAAAAACAUCCAGAGGCACCAGAAGAAAACCUAAAGAUCCAUUCCUCUUCAUCUCAAGUUCCAAAGGAAAUUCUCAGCUCACCAGACCCCAGUGGAAUAAAUGCUUCACCAGAGUUUCGAGACAUGAUUAAAAGGCUCAAGAAGGCUCUGAGAGAAUUUCCUUUAAUGGGGAACUGUGUGAGUGAGUAUAGUGGCCAAGUGCCUGAUGAGAAAGAGAAACCUGUGGAAAAUGUGUCCCCUUCAAUUCCAACUUCCACGUUUGAAAAGCAGGACGUUGGCAGUGCUGCAUUCCACACUCCAGAAAUGUUACAGGUGAAAGAUGAGAGAGAAGCAAUGUCUGACUCCUCUGAUGGGAGUGUUUGUAGUGUUACCUAUAGUAACUUAGGGCAAUCCAGAGCAGCCAUGAUGCCUCCAAAGCAGCCACGGCCACUCAAGGGAGCUUUGGAGGAUGCCAUUGCAUUUGGGGGAAUAUCUGAUCCAGAAACAUCUACCAUCUUACACCCAUCCCCACCUCCGCUGCCGAAGAAAACUGUUUUGAGAGCCCACACAGAACCACUUCCGAAAGGCCUCCAGAGGCAGGCUGUUGAAAGUAGCCUUCGUGUGAUGGCUAACCCUACCUAUGACAUCGAUACGAACUGGGAAGGAAGCAGCGCCUGCUCUUCAGUCAGCGCUGAAUUCAAGGCAGUGGACAAUGAAUCGGGAGGCUCUUGGGGCAGACCUCCAGAAAAAGGGCUGGCGGUUUCAUCUGCCAACAGCUUUUCCAACCUCGCUGCUGUCAGUAUUAAGAAGAGCUAUUCCAGCAGCAUGGAGUCUCUGUCAGUUAGGCCCGUGACCCACAGUGAGCACAGUAAAGCUGCCCAGAAGCCACAGCGGCAAGCACUUUAUAGAGGAAUUGAAAACAGAGAAGAAGUAGUGAGCAAGAUUAGAAGCCUUCACACAGAUUCACUGAAGAAACUGUCUGUCAAGUGUGAAGACCUUUUUAUGGCUGGACAGAAAGAUCAACUUCGAUUUGGGGUAGACAGUUGGUCGGACUUCAGAUUAACCAGUGACAAGCCAUGCUGUGAGGCAGGUGAUGCUGUAUACUACCCUGCUUCCUAUGCAAAAGAUUCACUCAACAAUUACGCAGUCAAGAUUUGUAAGAGCAAAGCUAAAGAAUCCCAACAGUAUUACCACAGUUUGGCCAUUCGCCAGAGCUUGGCUAUUCAUUUUAACAUACAGCAAGAUUGUGGCCACUUCCUAGCAGAUGUACCUGUUCGUCUCCUUCCGUGGGAGGAUCCCAGUUCACCUGAUGAAGAGGAAGAUGUUGAGCAGAAGAAUGAAGAGAGUCUCUAUACUGUGGAAGUUUCACAGAAGGACAGGCCAGGUCUGCAAACAGCCAUCAGUAAGCAGCGCAGCAGAGUUGUUGUUAUUACCCGGGAAGUUCCCCACUUAUCAGUGGCAGAUUUUGUGCAAAACUCUUCAGAUCACCAUUCUAGCUGCCCAGAUUUGUAUGAGAGACAAGUGUGCCUACUACUCUUACAGUUGUGCUCUGGCCUAGAGCACCUGAAACCCUAUCACAUCACCCACUGUGAUCUGCGUCUGGAGAAUCUUCUGCUGGUAGACUGCAGGCCUGGCAGAAGCCUUCUGAACCAUGGGCCUGUUGAGCUCAACCCCAGCACCGCUUGCCCCGCCCGGCUGGUAGUGAGCAACUUCUCUCAAGCCAAGCAAAAGAGUCAUACAGUGGAUCCAGAGAUUCUGAAAGACCAGUCUCGCCUCGCCCCAGAAAUCAUCACCGCCACCCAGUAUAAGAAAUGUGACGAGUUCCAGACUGGCAUCCUCAUUUAUGAAAUGCUGCACCUGCCCAACCCCUUUGAUGAGAAUCCAGAGCUGAAAGAGAAGGAAUACACGCGGGCUGACCUUCCCCACAUCCCUUGCCGGUCACCGUAUUCCUGGGGGCUGCAGCAGCUGGCUGCUUGCCUGCUAAACCCGAACCCAUCGGAAAGGAUCCUCAUAUCCGAGGCCAAGGGCAUCCUUCAGUGCUUGCUUUGGGGUCCCCGGGAGGAUUUGUUUCAGACUCUCGCGGCCUCUGCUAAACCUUCACAAAGAGAGACUGUGCUCCAAAACUGGCUGGACGUCAAACGGACCCUGUUGAUGAUUAAAUUUGCUGAAAAGUCUUUGGACAAGGAAUGUCAGAUCAGCCUUGAAGACUGGCUUUGUUGUCAGUAUCUCGCUUUUGCCACUGUGGACUCACUCGGUCGCAUAGUGAGAAUUAUGCGGCAGCAUUAGUUGUGUAAGAGCGGCUGCUCCACUUGGAUACGCCCAAAUCCUUUCUUUGGCACAAGUUUCGUGCUGGGUUAACGUUCUUAUCUAGGCCUUGAGAUCGCCAGCACUGAGCAAACAGAUUUCAACAGGAAGUUCCAUUUCCAGUCUUGCAUGCGUGGGAGAGGUCUGAAAACCAUCACACCGGUGUGACUGGGCAAGGCAGGUGAAAAUUUAAUAAGGAAGCCAUUAUUUCUGACAUGCCUGUUUUGAAACAGUUACUGUAAUGAUUGCAAACAGAAAUGAGUCAGUCCUAAAUGAGCACCAGAACCUAAAAAAGAUGACCUCCUGACCUCAUGAACUUUGUCAGCCUAUCCCUGUUUUUAUCCAUGACUCCAGCUUACUAGUCACAUUUCCUUGAUAGCUUUUACAGGAUUCUCUUAGGGAGAUGGUGUUCUUGGCUGCAUUUGAUGUAUGAGAGAGAGCAGUGAUUAGUGGUACUCGCCCAGGUCCUGAAUAAACAAUUCUUUAUCUUUUUUUUCCCCCCAGAAAAUAGCUUAGAAAGGUUGUAGGGUUGAGCAGUGGUAGGGUAGGGGUGCCUUUCCCACUGUCCAUUUUCCUAGCCAGAUUUAACCCCCGGCCCGGCCCUUUCCCCAAGUUCUCUUUGAAAAUGUAUUUUUCCUUUAUUUUGACAUUUUUUAUCUGAUUUGUCAGAUUUGGUCAUCACCUCAAUAUAUUGCCAACUGAAGCAAAAGGCACUUACUUUUUUUUUUUUCAGUGUGCAGGAUCAGUAAAGAUUAUUGGUGAAGUGUUAUUUAUAAUAUUGCUAACCACAUGCAACGUAAGAACCUAAGGGCAACUGAAGCCAACAUGUAUUAAAAACAGCUGUCCCUGUGUUCUUAUCCAGUUGAUAUAUAUUAAACCAAAGGUUGGUUGGGGUUUUUUUUAAGUAUGCAGUAUUGCGCUGUGUGCCAUUUUGCAAAGCAAAGCGAAAGGCAGCUAGGCUGGCAGCUGCAGAAGUUUCUCAAAGCUUAGCUUGGUGUGGAAAAUAAGCUGCGCAGCUGGAGAUAGGUUUUCUACAGGCAUGGUUCUGGGGAGGCGGUGGUCACAGGAGCAAAAUACACUGUGUGAGUUCUCUGAGAGCAAUUGGUUUGGGCAGACACAAAUUGUGUCCUAUUACAGCUGCUUUGUAGAACUGACCUCAUAGCUGCCAUCAGGAUCUUUAAGUCAUUACUUCUGAUAUUCCAAAACUGUAGAGAUAUCAAUGACUCUUAUUGACUCUCUGCAUGCAGAGGUGUUUCUGCAUGCAGAGGUGACUUUAAUAGACAAAUCUAACUGCCUGAAGGUGUGUUUGGCCUUUGGACCUCUCUUCUGGCUUCCUUGACCCUUCACACUGGCCUUUUCCUGCAGAGGGGUAUAGCCCACUGUAUCUGAUCUGUCUGCUCAGUAUUGGUUAGAAUUGUUUGAUUAGCUCUGAAAUGGUGGAGCUGCUGACCAGUGUUGAAUUCCCAAAUCUGGGGAUGUUCGUUGGAACAUAGAUAGCUCUUGUGUUGAGCCUGUGCUUCUCUUCUGGAUAUAUGUGCAAUUUUUGGAUAUAUUAUAUGAAAAACUGUUUAUGUUUACGUUACAUAGCAGAUGUAACCAUAUGUCAGAACUGCCUUCCCUUUCUUUUCUUACAAGGCACAUAGAUGCACAAAGUUGUGUGCUCUUUCUAUGGAUUGGUGUUUCUUUUCUUUAUUGUUAAACUGUGACUAACAUGUUUACUUCAGCCUUUGAGACAAAUAGCCACUUUGAACAGGAUAUGCAGGUUUGGACCAGAAAUUAAAAAAAUAAUCUGCAGAAACUAAAUCACUAAA